AUGUUUGUAAGUAUUAUAAGUAUUUUAAGUAUUUUAAAUCUUUUGCUAAUUAAAGCAAAUCCAAGUGACGAUUCAGCUGUUACUAAGGAGGAUAAGGAAGCAAAGAAUAAAGAAGAAAAGGAUAAAGAUGAUAAAAAUAAAGAUGAGGAUAAGGAAAAGACUGAUGAAGAAAAAGAUUAUGAAAUUCAUGGCAGUGGUGUUGAUGGAUAUGUUUGUUAUAAAGAUAAAGAUUGUAAGGGUCCAAUUGAACAAGUUCCUUGUAAUAAGAACAGAUGUUUAGAAGAAUGUGAAAUGAAAUGUAAAAAUAAAGAAAAUGUGUAUGGAGACGACUAUUCAGACAUUCCUUGUGCCUGUAUUAACCAAGAAAAUGAAUUACCUACUUCUUAUAAGGGUCGCUGUUAUGAUUAA